UGCAAAACCGAGCUGCAAAAGCCACUCAGAAUCUUUCAAGUUCAUUUUAGCUACUCUAGUUGACAGUCUGGACUCCGAAUAUCCCUUAAAUUAUCCCUAUCCUGGAUAACUCUGUUCCUCUACUUGUAAUGAUUGCAGUUUUCUCGCAUCCGUGCAGUUGCGAUAACCACGCUGUGUUGAGCGAAUCAUGAUAGUGUUCGACAGUUUGCAACGCUGACGUAGCGCGGUCUCAAGGUUUUUUGCUGAUCUGCAUGAAGGCCAAAUUCUUGCAUAUUUAUUCUCGGAUGGCCAGAUUAUCAUGGUACUACUCACCGCUGAUCCUUAUCGUCUUCUUCCUCCAGCUCUUCCUUCUUCAGCAGCGCGCACAGCACAUCAGCUACGAUGGCAGUGACGAAUCGCCAGCGAAGUCAUCGCUCAACAUAUCGAUACCUGUUGAUCAUCUCCUCUCCUCCGCACCCGUUCCCGCCACCAUCCAGGAGAUUCGCACCAAGAUUCGCGUGCUGAAUGAUCUGCAGCUGAUCUUCAAUGGAGAGACACACGGCGGAUUCAGUGUUGCGCCGGAAACGCCGGUCUUUAUCGUUCAGCUGCACGACAGAAUCCCGUAUAUUCAGGCAAUCAUCCAGUCAUUGCGAGCGGUUCGAGGGAUUAACCAAUCGCUGAUUAUCUUUAGUCAUGAUGUGUUUUCCAAGGAAAUUAAUGAUGUGAUUCAGGGAAUGCAGUUUGCAAGAGUUAUGCAGAUAUAUUAUCCGUAUUCCAUACAGAUGUAUCCAAAUGGUUAUCCCGGUCCAGAUCCCAAAGAUGCUGCAUUGCCCAUAGGGCACGGGCGGAAACCUCAGUUAGCGCAAAUUAAGUUGCACUGGAUAUGGAAGUUCACUCAAGUCUUUCGUCAUAUCAAAGUUCUGAGAAAUCAUACCGGACCAAAAAUAUUUUUGGAGGAAGAUCACUACGUAUCCCCGGAUAUUAUUUACACUCUCAACAAAACCCUUCAAAUCCAGACUAAAGACUGCCCAAAAUGUGUAAUUAUCCUCGGUGAUUAUCCCAAAGAGCAUCGCUGGCCCUAUCUCGAUUGGGACCAAAUGGAAUGGUCCUGGUUCUUUUCCGGCGGCAACAACAUGGGCAUGGUCCUCAAUCAGCGCUUUGCCGGCGUCCUCAGCCAGUGUGCCAAACGUUUCUGCACCAUUGAUGAAUACAACUGGGACUGGACACUGCAGCAUCUGAAUGUGGGCUGUUUCCAAGAGCGGCUGCAGAUUUUGAAGGUGGAAGCGCCCCGCGUGUGGCACGUGGGCGAUUGUGGGACGCACACUAGUCGGGACAGUAAAAAAAAGUGUGGAACACUGCAACAGGUGGAUACGCUGGAGAAUGUGAAGAGACUGCUGCGGAACAAGACGGAUGUGAUGUUCCCUAAGGAAAUGCGAGUGGUCAAGAAGUUGAGAAGGAACGUCCCGUCUUCGCCGAGUCCUUACGGUGGCUGGGCAGAUCCGCGUGAUCACAGUCUGUGCCUCUCAGUCAUCAAAGAUCUGUAGCGUUUUGGAAAUCUCAUUGUAGUUGUUGGACAAUCUUGUAUUUAUUCGAAUAUUCGAUGCUGUUAAAUGUUUUGUUUUAUGACCGAUUGUUGUUGUUGAUUUUUUUUUUAUUUUUAGCGUUUUUCGUCGAGCUUUCAAUCUGGUUUCUAAAUUUUUUAUAACUUAUUUUGUUGAAUACUCUGUGACCCCGGAAAAGCAUGCGGUGCCUGCUAGUUAAGUGUUGAGAACAUCGAGAAACUUAUUUAUUAUUGACAUAACGAUUUAUCGGUGAUUUUACUCGUAUGUUAUAGUACAAAAUAAUGUGCACGGAUAG